UCACGGCGCGGCGCGGCUGGCAUGCGGGCUGCGCGCCCCGCGCGGCGCAGCGCUGACCUACUAACACACAUCCCUCCGCGCCGCCGCCGCCGCCGCACGCUCGCGGGCGGGCGGGCGGGCUGAGCGGGGCGACGACGCUGCUGCUGCUGCUGCUGCUGCUGCUGCUGCCGGUACUGCUGCUGGUGGUGGUGCUGCCCGCACGGCACCGCACGGAGAGGAGCGGAGCGGAGCGGCCGCCCCGCACCGCCUCGCCCUGCACGCAAGGUUUUUUAGCGGAUUCCCAUUGGCUCUGCCAAGAAAAUUGGAUCUAGACACUUCUGUUUGAGAAUAUGAAACAAACAGAAGAAUGUGUGUGGAUUUAAAAUCACUGUAUUUAUCAAGUUGUGGAGUGAGAAGUAUUGGAGAAAUAGCUUGCUCUGUCGCUCAUUGUAGGUCUACAAAUUGUUUCUGAUGCAGCUGAGAAAAAUGCAGACCCUUAAAAAGGAACACGGACCUGUUGACACAAGUAGCAAUGUGGACAAAAUCAUGGUACUUAAGUCUACUUUAGCAGAAGUGUCUGAAGAGUUGUCCACAAAUGAAGAUAUACUACUUACUGAAGCAAGUAGUGGAAAAAGCAAAUCUUCAGCUUGCCGGAGAAAGCGUGAAUUCAUUCCAGAUGAAAAGAAGGAUGCUAUGUAUUGGGAGAAAAGGCGGAAAAAUAAUGAAGCUGCCAAAAGAUCUCGUGAAAAACGACGACUGAAUGACCUUGUCUUAGAGAACAAACUAAUUGCACUGGGAGAGGAGAAUGCCACUUUGAAGGCGGAGCUGCUUUCAUUGAAGCUAAAGUUUGGUUUAAUUAGUUCUGCAGCCUAUGCCCAAGAGAUACAGAAACUCAGCAGCUCGACAACUGUGUAUUUCCAAGACUAUCAAAGUUCCAAAUCAAACAUUAACUCAUUUGUAGAUGAACAUGAACCGUCUAUAGUUGGUAGCAGUUGUAUUUCUGUCAUUAAGCAUUCUCCUCAAAGCUCUAUGUCCGAUGUGUCUGAAAUGUCAUCAGUAGAGCAUACUCAGCCAAGUCGUAUACAGAGCAGCUGCAGAAGUCCUGAAAAUAAGUUCCAGAUUAUAAAACAGGAGCCCAUGGAAUUAGAGAGAGAGCCAAGAGAUGACAGAGGUUCCUAUAAAGCAUCCAUAUAUCCAAACUACAUGGGAACUACCUUUAACGUGUACUCACAUUCUCCUCCUCUCUUGCAAGUUAAUAGAUCCUCCAGUAAUUCCCCCAGAACUUCAGAAACUGAUGAUGGUGUUGUUGGAAAGUCAUCUGAUGGAGAAGAUGAGCAGCAGGUUCCGAAGGGUCCAAUCCAUUCCCCAGUUGAACAUAAAAACGUUCGUGCAACAGUUAAAGUUCCUGAAGUGAAUUCUUCAGCUUUGCCUCACAAGCUUCGAAUUAAAGCCAAAGCCAUGCAAGUUAAAGUGGAAGCAAUGGAUAAUGACUAUGAUGCCACACAGAAAUUAUCAUCACCUAUUGAUAUGUCCUCAAAAAGACAUUUUGAGCUUGAAAAACAUGGUGCACAGAACUUGGUGCAUUCUUCUCACACUCCUUUCUCGGUUCAGGUGACUAACAUCCAAGACUGGUCACUCAAACCGGAACUCUGGCAUCAAAAGGAACUCAAUGUAAAAAUUCAGAGUGGUUGCAAAACUGGAGUUGUUGAAAUAAAAGACAAUAUCUACAAUGUCUCUGAGUCCGAAAACCUGUAUUUGAAGCAGGGGAUAGCAAACUUAUCUGCAGAGGUUGCUUCACUUAAAAGACUUAUAACUACACAACAAAUCUCUGCGUCAGACUCUGGUUAAGUUACUACUGAGUAAAGGCUUACUGUUUUAAAGGAUGUCAUUUGCAGUAGAUAAAUAUGUUUUGUAUGAUGCUGAAUUUUCACUGGACUUGUGACGUCAUUUCACUGUAAUGUUCACAUAAUGUCUGAUUGGUGUCCUUCUGUGCACAAAUUAUUAUGAAGACUAGGUUGUGCUAUGAUCACUAUGCCUUGUGUAUAGUCAAGUAGCCUGUACAAAGGCUGUAUAUAGUGAACUUUAUUUUCUUUUUAUUGUUCUACUAUAAAGUGUGGAAGUUACCAGUUACAAUAAAACAUGGAUUGGUGACAAACACAGGACAUCUACUCCAGUUCAGUUGAUUUUAAGAACUUGUAAAUAAGUUGUUAAUUACAAAAAAAGCAAAAAGAAAAAAAAAAGAAAAAAGAAAAAAAAAGGCUUUUUCUUACACUGUGCUCAACUUCACUUACAGGUUUGGUUUUUACAGCUUAACUUAACCAAAUUACAAUUUACAACACAUGUAAACCUUCUGGCCACCUUUUUCCUUAACACUUUUUUUAGAGGAGAAUAGAAAUAAAGUGGAUAUUUAUAAAUGAAACAUUAACAAUUUAUAGCCUUAGCCUUCUUUAACUUAUUUGUUAGUAUAAGUUAACCAAAAACCACACAAAGUCUGUCCUGGUAGCUCUAAUAUCAACAGUAACCUUCUUCUCCUUUUUUCUCAAAUAAGAGAGUAAUGAAUUUCCUGAACGGUUUAUUGUGACAAACCAUUUUUUUAUUUCAGUCUUAUAACUUGGUGUUUUAGAUGAAAUUAGUUGUAUUGGAUUUGUGCAUCUUAUAAGUUUUUCAGAGCCUUGCACUGGUAGAAUUAGACACCACCAUCUUUGUCAAAGGGUGGUUUGUGUGUGCAAGGGGUGCAGGCACAGAAGGAAUUCUGCACAAAGGCUGUGUAAAAGCAUCUGUCCACCCCAUGGUUCUUUUCACAACAGAGCAUGGGCCACCUUCAGAUGAAGGAUAAGGCUCCCUGAAAUGUAAACUCUGUGCUCAACUAGGCAAAUACCUACGUAAGGAGCAGGCAAUAGCGGUAGCAGAGUUAGAGGAGAUCAUCUGCUACCAUGUUCCCACCAUGGGAGACAACACAACUUUAAGCAUGAAGUAAGACUUACCACCAAUUUGGCUUCAGUUUCAAUGGUUUAGCUAAGUGAACUGGAAUACCCUGGCUUACUACAGGGCGUUUUGCAAGAAUUUCUUAAAUGUAUAUUAGAGAAUAUGUGGAGAACAGUGCAACCCAGAUUCUACCCUUGCGAUUUACGCAGAUGAUGGGUUCUUCACCUGAUGACUUUGGAGUUCUUUAUCUUUGAGAAAAGCCAUUGAACUGUGGAGACUAGAAUUGCAUUAUAUACCCUUUGUUUGGCUUACCAAAGCCUUUCCUUUAAAAAUAAAAAACAAGUUAUAAAUAGAGCAUAGAUUUGGCAGAGGUCCUUUUCAUGCUAAUUCCACCUUCUUUUAAAGUACUAAUAAAUCAGACUAACAAAUAAGCACUUCCUGAAAAGGCUUUUUAUUAAUUGCCAUGCUGUAUAAUAGAAUCUUACCAUAGACUUAAAAUACUAAUUAAGAAAAAAUGUAGGUAGUGGUUUUUAAAUUCAUACUUGACUUGAGUGAGAGGAAGUUUGUCAAUUUUUUGGGGAUAUGAAAAGGAGUCUGAGUUACUCCUCAUAGCUCUGAAGCUUGGUCCAGCAGUCAAGGCAAUGGCAAAACUCCCUGAUGUCAGCAAGGCCAGGAUUUGAUGCUGUAUCUUUUCAGGAGCUGAUUCACAGUCAUGUUCUGGGAGGACCUUGGCACAGACAUCACUGGUACUUUCUGAGCUUUUUUGAGCCUUCUAACUGCUGUGCUGUAUUUGUGGCAUUCAGAGUUAAUAAACUGUUAUUCUUUUUUCAUGCCUUAAUAAUACAAUAGACCCCAUAGUUGGGCUCUGUAUGUAUUUGGUAAUUAAUAUAGAUGACAUUUCAAUGUUACUGAAAAUAAGCUCAGGAUUAUUGCAUGAAAUGUAAAAAUUUGCAUUGAAUGAUGGGGAUAUGAAACAUGAGGCAGUGAUUGCUACUGGCUCUUUGCUUGCUAAGUAUCUUCUGUAAGCAACAACAAAAUUCUUUAAAUAUUUUGCAUAUUAUUUAUCACAUGUAAUGUGUUCAAGGAGAGGACUUAAAACUCUCAGUGUUGCCAUCUGUGUAAGCCUAGAUCUAUUGUUUUUUUUCCAUUUCUUGUUACAGUUGUUUGUCAUAAUGGAAGAAUGUUGUCCUCCUUCUAGCUCAUUAUAUAUUUUGUGUAUCUGUUUUGUGCAAUUAAUACUUAACAGUAAUGAUGUAGUUAAUUUGUUGAAGGAUGUCAUUGCAAGAAAGUUAUAGCAUGGAGCUUAGGAGCACAAUCAGAUGUUAUUUAUACUCCCUUUAUACCUUAGUGUUAUGCUUCAUUUGAAGAAACAAAUAAAUAAUUUGUCUUUUGUUCAAAACCAGAA